CCAGGGCCUCAUCCACCUGCAGAGCAGGAGCACUCAGAGCAGACGGCACCAUGUCCAUCCUCCCUGCUCUUCUCUGCCUUGGGCUGAGUCUGGGCCAGAAAACCUGUGAGCAGAAUGGGAUUCUCCCCAGACCCACCAUCUGGGCUGAGCCAGGACCUGUGAUCCCUCAUGGGAGCCCUGUGACUAUCUGGUGUCAGGGGACCCUGGAUGCCCAGGAGUAUUCUCUGUAUGAUGAAGAAAUGAAUACACCUUUGGACACACAGAAACUGCUGGAGCCCAGGGACAAGGCCAAGUUUUUUAUGAAAAAGGUCUAUGCAGGGAGAUAUUAUUGUAAAUACCUCAGCUCUGUAGGCUGCUCAGAGGACAGUGACCCCCUGGAGCUGGUGGUGACAGGAUUCUAUAGCAAACCCAGGCUCUCAGCCCUGCCCAGCCCUGUUGUGACCUCAGGAGGGAAUGUGACCCUCCAGUGUGACUCAUGGGAGGGAUUUGAGAGGUUCAUUCUGACUAAGGAAGGAGAAGACAACAUCUCCUGGACCCUGGACACACAAUCAAACCUCAGUGGGCAGGUCCAGGGCCUGUUCACUGUGGGCCCCAUAAACUCCAGCCACAAGUGGACAUUCAGAUGCUAUGGAUAUUUUAGAAAGUAUCCCAAUGAGUGGUCUGAGCCCAGUGACCCCCUGGAACUUUGCAUCUCAGGGGCAGCUGACACCAUCAGCCCAUCACAGAACAAUUCAGUCCCCAGGAGUGCCUCUCAUUUACAAGAUUACACAGUGAGGAAUCUCAUCCACUUGUGCUUGGCUGGAUUGGUCCUGGUGGUCCUCGGGGUGCUGCUCUUUGAGGCUUUCGAUAGUGAAAGGAAGACCCACACUGCAGCCAGGAUGUGAACACAGAGGAGAAAGGGUACUACUGUUCAGAGUAAGGGAGCCACGGGGACCAUCUGAUGACCCAGGAGGUGGUGAAGGACAGUCUGGAUAACGGGUGGGGAAACUGUCUGCUGAUGUGUCCAAGAGGGUGGAAAAGCUUUGGGUGCCGGGAGUGUCCGAGUGCUCCCUGUGCAGGACUCUUCCUCCAUUAAAUGCCUAUUUCUCUCCUUUUCUCUUUGCCGACUCCCUGUAAUGACCCCCUUAUUCUCUCACCCCUGUGGCAUGACGGUCCUUCCCACAUGGCUGUUUGAGCCCCCACAUCUAAAAUUUCAUACUGUCUUCCACAUUUAUGUAAUAAAAUAUUAUUUUUAAAAGAUUUUAUUUGUUUACAUUUAUAGAGAAGGGAAGGAAGGGUGAAAGAGAGGAA